AUGGAGCCCGAACCGAAGUUUGUGGAGGAGGUGAUUGAGGACCCGGAGGAAUCAGGAGAUGACUGGGUGAAGGUCUCACGUCCAGCACCGCGGCCGGUGGAGACACGUGUGGCGUUGAGCUACAUCGAUGGCGAGCCCGUGUCGAAGCCGGGUGGAGUCAGCGACAUGCUACGGAGUUCGUUGCGCUCGCAUGGCCUCACCAGCAUGGAGGUGAGCCAGUUAGAGCAAACCCUCGAGGCUAGGAGUUGCAAAGCCUUAGCGGUGGCUGCCGCCACCUUCGAAGGUGCCAUGAGGUUGGCGCGGCUUGGUGGCAUCCAAAGCAAAGUCUCCCAGGAGAACUUUGCAAGAGCUUGGCACCAGGCUGCUGCAUCGAUGAUGGCAUUGGAUGGAGCUUCUCGUUCCAAAUCUGCGAAGUUGGCGGACUUGGUGAAGGAGCAAGACUGGGAGGCCUGCACCAACGUCCUCAUGCAGCGGAUGAAGGUCUCCCAGCCGAAGGACUUGCUUCCCCUCAUGCGAGGCUUGCUGCACCAUGUGGCUGAAGAGGCACGGGUGAAGUCGGAGGCGGAGAAGCAAGCUAAGGUUCUUCCCUACUUGCUGGGGCUCUAUGGCCCUGAGGCGGUGGCCGAGGCGGAGAGGAGCACCACGGUGGCUCAGGCCGAAUGGCGAUAUUCUUGGAUGGUGAGGUCCUUCUUCGAUGCAAAGACACUUCAAUGCCUGCAAGCCGAGGUUUUGAAGGCCUACGAGGCGAACGAGUUCCAGGCGGCGUGUGAAGAGCUGAACGACAGUUGGGACUCCUCCAUGUGCAUGCCUUUGGAUCGCAAGAUGCACUCCAUCGAGGAUCUGUGCCUCCAGCGUGCGCUGAAGCGAAUUCUGCCACGCUAUGGUUUUAAACCUGACGCCGAGGGGUUGGCCGAGAUGAAGCAGGUCGUUGCCACGAUGUCAAAGACUGACACAGAGGUCCGUCGGACACAAAUGCAGAUCACAGCAGCAGUCAUGAAGAAGUUCAAACUUUGA